UGAAAUAAAUAUAAACCAUGUCGAUCGGAAAAAUAGAACCGUUUAAUAUGGCAGUGGACAAUUGGACUUUAUACGUCGAGAGGUUAGAGCAAUAUUUCAUAGUGAAUAAUGUGAAAUCAGAACUAAAAGUGGCUACGUUAAUCACAGUGAUGGGGAGUGAAACCUAUGAACUCUUGGUAAAUCUUUGUACACCAGAAAAACCAUCGAGUAAAACAUUUUCGGAGUUAGUGACAAUUAUGCAAAAUCAUUUGCAACCCAAACCAAGCAUCUUGGCAGAAAGGUACAGAUUUAAACAAAGAGUACAAAAACAAGGAGAAACUAUUGCGGAGUACAUGGCGGAACUCAAGAAAUUGUCCAAGACUUGUAUGUUUGCUUCGUGCUGUAUGAGUACGUGUAUAAGGGAUCAAUUCGUCUGUGGUCUGAGCAGCGAGACAAUUAUGCAGCGUUUGUUUGCCGAGGAUGAUGGUAUGAAGCUGGAGAAAUUAUACAAGUUAGCAAUUUCCAUGGAAGCGGCGGAGAAGAAUGCAGCAUACGUAGAAAAAGACAGGUUUAACACAAGUAGUAGCAGCGGCAAGGAGACAUAUGAGACGUCGUGCAACGCGGUGGCGACCCGGACCGGUUACCGGGGCGCGUCACGCGGCGGCGGCGGCGGCGGGCGCGGCGGCAGCUACGGCCCGCGCGCUCACUCCUAUGUGCGGCCGCAGGGUGCGCAGAGGACACCAAUAUAUUGUGAAGUAUUUUCGGACGGACUGGGCCGGUACACUGGCGGGGAGGUGAGCCUGCGCCUGCGGCCGGACGCGCGGCCCGUGUUCCUGCGCGCGCGCCCGCUGGCGUACGCGCUGCGGGAACCGGUCGAGCGCGCACUCGAUCAGCUGUUGCGGGAUGACGUCAUUGCGCCGGUCGAGACCUCAGACUGGGCUACGCCUAUAGUGCCGGAUACAAUUUUGGACGCGCAGGACUCUCUGAAUUAUUACGCCGCCGAAAAGAUACUCUCCUAA